UGAGAUGGAAAAACUAUUAACUUACUGUUUAACAUUUUUUAGUAUUGCUUUACACAAUUCUUCGGUAUUCGCGUGCUCCGGUAAACCAAUCGUAUCUACAUUGUCGGGUAAAGUUCAAGGAGCAAGACAAAAAGGAUUCGAAGGCAACGAAUUUUGUUCAUUCAAGGGCAUUCCUUACGCCAAGCCACCAGUUGCGGAAUUACGAUUCAGUGAUCCUGAGCCAGUAGAACCAUGGAUGAACGUUCGAGAAGCGACGACCCAUGGACCAAAUUGCCCACAAUACAAUACCAUACCUCAUCACGUAUCCACAAUAGAGGAUUGUCUUUAUUUGAACGUCUAUACAAAAAAUACAGAACCGAGAGUAUUAAAGCCAGUGAUGGUUUGGAUCCAUGGUGGUAGUUUUGCUACUGGACAUGGUGACGAUUCGCUUUAUGGUCCUGACUACUUUAUGCGCAAGGAUAUUGUUUUGGUGACUUUCAACUAUAGACUCGGCGUUCUUGGAUUUCUCAAUUUAAACGACGAAGGAGCAACAGGCAAUCAGGGUUUGAAAGACCAGAUAAUGGCAAUGCAAUGGGUCCGCGAUAAUAUUGUUAGUUUUGGCGGUGAUCCUUACAGCGUGACGAUUUUCGGUCAAAGUACGGGUGCCGCAUCUGUACACUAUCAUACUAUUUCUCCGCUAUCAAAAGGAUUGUUCCACAAAGCUAUUUCUCAAAGUGGAGUUGCUCUCAAUCCAUGGGCCUUCCAAUCGAAUCCCGAGAAACGAGCAUAUCAGUUAUGCCAACUUUUAGGACACCGGGUAAAAGAUUCUAAAUCAGCGAUUAGAUUUUUGAAAUCAGUUGAUACACCGCGAUUGAUUAGAGCUCAAGAAAAACUUCUUACGAAAGAGGAAAUUAUUCAAGCUCAAUUAUCAUUUGGACCUAGUAUCGAUUCCAAAUUAAAAAUGCCAUUUAUGCCAACGCAUCCAGAAGUAGCUGCGGCAACAGGAGUUCAAGUACCUAUGAUCAUUGGUCACAACAGCCGAGAAGGAAUUUUUUUCUACCGAAAUGCAGCAAACUCCUACGAGAGGUUUAACAGGGAAUUUAGUAAACUUUUACAUCCUGAUGUGAGAGACAUGGUUAGCAGGUACGGUUUAACUACGGAAAAUUUGAAACAUAUCUACUUCAAGAAUAGUCCAAUAACGAGAUCGAAUGUUGAUAAAUUGGUCGAUUUACUUGGAGAUUUAUAUUUCGUCGAAGGUAUACAUAGGGUUGUGAAGACACAAGCUGCAACAAGCUUGACACCGACAUAUUUCUAUGAAUUUACUUACGACAAGAAACAGUCGUUUAUGAAAAUUUAUUUCCACACUCAUAUGAGCGGCGCUUGUCACGCAGAUGAGUUAUCUUUUUUGUUUAAAGCUCAUCAUUUUGACGUGAUAAGUAAGGAAAAGGAUACAGACAAAAAGCGAAUUACUAAACAAAUGAUUGAUUUGUGGGUCAAUUUUGCUAUGACAGGAACUCCAACACCCAGAGUAACAGAUUUAAUACCCCUUUAUUGGGAGCCUAUCGGUGACGGAAAGAUACUUCGGUAUUUAAAUAUUUGCGAAGACUUACGAAUGGGAACAAUGUCAAGCUUGGAGCAAAAAUAUAAUGCUUACAUGUACUUUAUAACAAAGAACAGUUGCGUCGGCAGCAUCAUGAGCGAAUGCGUAAUCAUAGACACUCUAGCUGGUAAAGUGCGAGGAGCGAAGCAACGCAAUUUUGAAGAUGACGAGUUUUACGCGUUCAGAGGUAUCCCUUAUGCUAAACCACCUGUCGGAGAACUACGAUUUCAAGAACCACAGCCAGUCGAACCAUGGACAGGCAUAAGAGAAGCAACGAGUCACGGACCGAAUUGCGCUCAGCUAGAUUUUAUAGUAUUCGAGGUCGCAGGCAGCGACGACUGUCUCUAUUUGAAUGUGUACACGAGAAAUAUCGAGGCGGGUGCAAGAAGACCGGUAAUGGUUUGGAUACACGGAGGAGGUUUCAUACUUGGCCAUGGCGACGAUUCAUUUUACGGUCCAGAUUUCUUCAUGCGCAAAGACGUUGUUUUAGUCACUAUCAAUUAUCGACUUGGAGUGCUUGGUUUUUUAAACUUGGAUGACGAAGAGGCAUCUGGAAACCAAGGUCUCAAGGAUCAAGUGAUGGCUUUAAAAUGGGUUCGAGAUAACAUUGUUAACUUUGGUGGUGAUUCCGAAAAUGUGACGAUCUUCGGCGAAAGUGCUGGUGGUGCCUCUGUGCAUUAUUUGUGUAUUUCUUCACUUGCUAAAGGAUUAUUUCACAAGGCAAUUGCUCAAAGCGGAGUAGCACUCAAUCCGUGGGCAUUUCAAUCAAAUGCUACAGAAAAAGCAUAUAAAUAUUGUGAAUUCUUAGGACACAAGGAAAAAGAUCCAAAAUCGGCAAUUACAUUUCUCAGGACAGUCGAUAUUCAAAAAUUAAUCGAAGCUCAAGAAAACCUACCAACUAAAGAGGAAAAAAUUCAGUUUAAGUUUUCGUUUGGCCCAAGUAUUGAUUCUAAAUCAAAAAAUCCCUUCAUGCCUGUUCAUCCAGAAGAAGCGGCUAAACAGGGUAUUGAAGUACCAUUAAUCAUUGGACACAAUAGCAGAGAAGGUCUUAUUUUUUUACGAGAAAUUGGAAAAGCUCACAAAAGAUUCAAUACGGAAUUGGAGAAGCUCGUGAAUUCAAGAGCUUGGGAUGUAAUGAAGAACGUAUAUAAUUUAACUCCUGAACAAGUGAAGCACUUGUAUUUACAGGAUGAAGAAAUUACUGACCAGAAUGUGGAAAAAUUAAUUGAUUUGCUUGGAGAUAUUAAUUUUAAUGAGGGAAUUCAUCGAGUUGUUAAAACGCAAAUUGAAAAAAGUUCUGCGCCAACGUACUUUUAUCAAUUUACUUACGAUAAGGAUCCAUCGUUAGUGAAACUUAUGUUGAAGAUUAAGAUAUCCGGUGCAUCACACGCGGAUGAAGUACUAUAUUUAUUCCCACUACAAUCUUUCAAUACACUAAGAAAACAAUACGGAAUUCCUAAAAAAAGUUGGUACCAAAUGGCUAAAUGGUUUGUUAUGACGCUUCCACUUAUAUAUUUAGUCAAGUAUGGUAACCACGGAUUCCCCAAAAGAGGAUCAGAUAAGUAUCGUAUCAUGGAACAUAUGAUCGAAAUGUGGACCAAUUUUGCGAUAACAGGAAAGCCGACAAUUCAAACAUCAGAGCUUAUCCCACACGACUGGCAACCUGUGGAUAACAGUAAGAAUCUUUGUGGGCUAAAUAUUUCUGAGAAUCUACGCAUCGAUGUUACAGAAAAUUUAGAACAGAAGUAUAUCUCAUCGGACAAUCUCAAAAAUUAAUCUACAAAAAAUCUAUUGUUUCGUGUUAAUUGUUUCUGUUCAAUAUUAGUAUAAAAGUUUUUAUAUUAUUUAAAUGCUACUGUUUCGUAUAUACUUUAAUAUGACAAGACUUUCAUAUUUUAAAAAAAUAAAUAUAUAUCUAGUUGUUACAUAAAAUCUAAAUAUUCUUAAGAAAUAUCUGCAGAUAUGAGACUUUUAGUGAAAAAUUUUGUGAAAUCACGAUUAUUGUAUGUACUCUUUCGUACUAAACCAAAAGGAAGAACAUUCAUUUGAUAUUUUAUUAGAUGUGUAAUUUUUUUAUAAUACUACGUAUUAGGACUUAUAUUUUUUCUGACUACGUAAACUAUUAAUGAAACGCAUGAAGUCUCACUAGGGGUUUCCUUUAUUCAUUUACACGCGUGAAAGUUAAACUUAUUAAAAAAUCAUUGUAAAUUAUAUAUCGUUUCGUGUAUGUAAUUAAGACGGGAAAAGACAUGGAUACGUAACUCAGACUAAUAAAAUUAUUAGUAAAAAA